GAGUCCGAUGAUGCAUAGACACUCGUGCCUCGCGACUCACUCGAAUGAUUACUUCUCAGAGACCAAACCUCGCAAUUUCGCAAAUACUGCCAACCACACCACGUGUCCACCUCCUUCUACUUCUUAUGUGUCGAUCACAGAUAAAACUAUUCCUCAAUUUCAGUCUAUACAGACAUCUGUUCUCUCUCUCUCCCUCUAUCUGUUUGAAGAAAUGCUUCUUUUUGGUUCAACACAAAUCGCCAAUUCAGCAGAAACAUAAGUAUUUUGGUUGAUUCAAGCUUCAUUUAAUUUCAAACAGAGACACCCAAAUCACUAUUUUGGCAGAAACUCAUAUUUUGGGUUGAUUCAAAUACACCCAUUUGUUUUGUUUUGUUUUUUUUUUUUUUUUGUAGUUGUUCUGUUUUUUUUCUCUCUUGUGGGGUUAUUGUGGGGUGUGAGGUGGGUGCGUAGGUUUGGAAAUGAAUGAGCAUGGUGAGGAAGAACAAACGGCUUUUGAGAUAGUGGUGGUGGUUCCAAAGAGGACUGUGAAGGAAGGAGAUGAGAGCUGUGAUUGUGUUGAGGUUCUUGUUGAAGAGUUCAGGAAAGUGGGGUUGAUUGUAGACAGAGUUUUCGGCCUUCAGGAUGAGUUUAUCAAGUUGGCAGCCCCGUUGGAAAAACUGGGCAGGGCUGCAGCCGAGUUGCAGAUAAAGAAAAGAAUUCAUAUCGGAGUGGAUUUACCAUUUGUGUGGGAAGAGUUUGAAGCUUUUGCCAGACAACCUGAUGGUUUGUUGUUUAAUUGGUGUGAACGUUUUCAUUGCUACCAUCACAUAAUAUACGGCAUUGUGAACAAGAGCCAGUCAGUUAUAACAUUAAAUUUUGAUGGCAAAAAGUUCCACUGGAAGAUUGGGGAAUCUAUACUGCAGAAGCUGGAAUCAGAGGGCAUUGUUAAACAAGUCUUUCCACUGCAUGAUGAACUAACGAGGAAGCAGCUUUUGAGAAAUUGGGCACUGAACUGGCGGGACAUCACAAUGCAGCCUAUUGAUGAGAUCUAUUCAUAUUUUGGGACAAAGAUUGCAACCUAUUUUGCUUUCCUUGGAAUGUAUACACGGUGGAUGUUAUUUCCAGCUGCAUUCGGACUUGCCUUGCAGUUGGUUGAUUUCGGAUCAUUGCAGUUAUUGAUGCUUCCUGUUUUCCUCGUAAGCAUGGUACUGUGGGCCGUAUUAUUUUUUCAAUUCUGGAAACGUAAAAACUCCGCCCUUUUAGCCAGGUGGCAGAUUAGUCAUUCAGUUGGAGCAGACCCUGGAUAUAAAGGUUUUGAUAUGGAAUGGAGUUCUCUUCAGUCCCCUGUGGAACUCAUUAGAAAAUGGUCAAUCGAUCAAACAAAAGGCAAAGAAGUAGUUCAAAGAGAGGAAUGGUUUGGAUGUCUAAUGAGAUUCAGAAAUGAUGCCAUUGUUAUCUUGAGUAUCAUAUGUCUUCAGCUCCCUUUUGAGUUAACUUAUGCUCAUCUCUAUGAGGUUAUCGGGUCUGAUAUUUUGAAGUUUGGGUUGACAGCAAUAUAUCUUUUUGCCAUUCAGUAUUUUACAAAGAUUGGGGGGAAGCUAUCAGUCAAUCUUAUUAAAUAUGAAAACAAUGAAAACACAGAGUAUAGAGCUGACAGCUUAAUUUACAAGGUGUUUGGCCUUUAUUUUAUGCAGUCAUAUAUUGGUGUUUUUUAUCAUGCACUUUUACACCGCAACUUUAAGACCCUACGCCAAGUCUUGAUUCAGCGUCUGAUUCUGUCUGAGGUGCUGGAAAAUCUGAUGGAAAAUUCUUUACCGUAUCUCAGAUACAGCUAUAAAAAAUAUAGAACUGUUCGGACCAAGAAAAAACGUGAUAAAGGAUUAUCAUCUGGGAAGAUUCGGCUCACAUCUAGGGUAGAGAAAGAGUACCUGAAACCUGAUUAUUCUGCAAGUAUUGGAGAGGAACUUGAAGAUGGGCUUUUUGAUGACUUCCUGGAGUUGGCGUUGCAGUUUGGAAUGAUCAUGAUGUUUGCUUGUGCAUUCCCCCUUGCCUUUGCCUUUGCUGCAUUGAACAAUGUUACAGAAAUCAGAACCGAUGCACUAAAGCUGCUUUCCAUGUUUAAAAGGCCCAUUCCCCGUGCUUCUGCUACAAUUGGAGCAUGGCUAAACAUAUUUCAGUUUCUGAUAGUGAUGUCUAUCUGCACCAACUGCGCACUCUUAGUAUGUUUAUAUGAUGAGGAAGGGAAAUGGAAAAUAGAACCCGGACUUGCAGCAAUCUUCAUCAUGGAACACAUCCUCCUGCUGAUUAAAUUCGGAUUCUCUCACAUUGUUCCUGAGGAACCCGCUUGGGUAAAAGCCAACCGAAUGAGGAAUGCAACACAAGCUCAGGACAUGUGCUCUAAGCAGCUUCUGAGAAGCAUUUCCGGCAAUGAAAAGUUGUUUGCUGAGGUAGCGAAGACCGAGUGAUGAGAUGGACUUGGGGACGUAUACGACACUUCCCCUUCUCAACUAAGCCUUGGUAGAGAAGCUCUCUCGAGAAAGAAUCAAGAAGCUGAUGUUGGACGUUACCAUGUCUAACGUGGUUUUUUGGUAUUUCGGGUAUGGUAUUAGCACGGUAGAGAAUCGUGUUGCAAAUGUUUUUGUUUUAGCAUGAACCAGUGUUGUAUGAUCAAAAAUAAAGUAAGAACAGUUCUUAAAAGAUCUGUUAGCUCUGACAUCGGUUUAAACCAACCGAAUUUAUUUGACCUUGCUUCAAGUAUUUCUACUGUAAAAUUAAUCAUCUUUCAAUUGAUAAGCCAAUGAACUCCAAACCUGGUUUUUAUU